AUGUUGUCGGUACCGAUGACAGCAAACAAGUCUUUCUUAAUCAAGUUGAUAUCACCGCUGCUUACCAAAGCCGAGAAUGCUAUGGAAGCAUCUUCAUCAAUGAUUUUUUGUAGAAGCGACUUGUACUUAUCAACAUUGUACUGUCGAAUCUUCACGGAUACACUACCGAUGUACUCAAACAUAUCCGUGAGCAACAGUUUUGGGUCAUCAUCUAUAAAGCAACAUUCCUCCUCCGUUAAGCUAUCAGCUACUGAUACUGACACAGGAAUGUGCUCGUUCGUGAAGACAGUAUUUUCACCGUGUUGA